CCUUUCCUCGGGAAUCAUCAGUGCUCAAAAAGUUGGCUGGGUCUUUGGCUCAGGUGCGCGCCUGCUGAUUUUUAGCGCAAACGCCCGAGUCUGUAUACACCCCUUCCUUAAACCACUCCACUCCGACCGAGACUCAUACAACAAGAGAAAAUUUCCCACCCGCACCGAACAUCCACCGCCUCCCGUCUUCUCCGUCCUCACAUUUCUCCUCAACAAAUCUUUCAACUUUUGCCGGACCUGUCUUCGGAGCAUCACUCUACUGUUCGGAACAGCUUCAUUACCUUUUCUUCUACUUGCGAUACCUUAUUUAUCUACUUGUCGACAUGGCGUCUGUCGUCCGCGGCACGUCGCUCAGAGCCGGCGGUGCCUGCGUGCGCUGUCGCAAGGGAAAGACCAAAUGCGUCUAUGAAAAUGGUCGGGCGCCUUGUAGGAACUGCGCGAAGGGGAUGCAUGAAUGCUAUCUCCCUUCCGAGAGCAUGGCUCAUCAUCAUGGUCAAUCUCCUGCCAGGCCUCCUCGUCCCCGAGAGAGUCUACCUGGGGAGCGAAGCGUGUCGGCAACUAGCGACCGUCAGCCUGUGACCUCCGGCGCAGUCUUACCGCGUAACAUUCCUUCCAAUACCGAGAAACUCACUCCGGAACUGGUGACGGAAUGUGAAAGGGUAAUCUCCAAGACUAUCCCGUCUUGUGUUGCCUUCCACAAGCCUUCCUUCCUACAGAAGCUUAAGACGGGCACCCUCGAGGGUAGCAUCGUCAACGGUCUCUUAACUUGCGCUGCACGGAGCUCUCAUGGGUUAAUUCGUCGCUAUGGGAAUCAAGGCGGUGCUUCGGCAGCCUCCGAGCAUUUUGCCGUUAAGGCGAUUAAUUUAAUUAUGCAGAAUCUCGACAACCCGAGCUUGGCAGACAUUCAGGCUCUUUGUCUCCUGAUCAUCCACGAAUGGGGCAACCGUAAUGCCGUCCGCGCCUACAUCUAUCUCGGCCAAGCUGCCCGCAUGGCCCAGAUGUAUCGGAUAAUUGCCGUCCACCAGAAUAGGGGCGAUCCCGAUCAGUUCAUCAAGGACGAAUCGUUUCGCCGCACCUUGUGGCUCAUUUAUGUUCUCGACUGCUUCCUUACAAGCAGCCCCGGUCGCCAGCCGGCCGUCUCGCACCAUGACAUCAAGGACAUACCACUCCCAUGUCUUGACAUGAGCUACAACUUCGGUACUCCUGUCUAUGUGCGCACCCUGGCAGGUGGACCGCCGCCUGGGAUCCCGGAUUCGUCUACGCAGAUGACCGAGGUCGGUGAGUUUGGCCACAUCGUGAUGGCUACACAGGCCUGGCGUAAUGUCAUCGAAAUGCUCACUACCGUCACGAGCACCACCUUUUCCGAGGAGGAAUGUGCCUCUCUGGAAGCGGGUAUUGAAGCGGUUCGUAAUUCUUUACCGCCGCAUUUCAUGGAUAAGCCAGGGCAGAUCAACCUCCACAUUACCAUGGGUAGCGGGUUCACGUAUGCUAUGCUACAUUGCCUCCUCCAUUGCGCUACGAUCAUGGUCAAUCGUCGUAGGCUCUUGCACCUUGUUACCACUGACGGGUUCAACCACGAGACCUGGCGCAUGGUCCCGCAUGUUCACUUGCAGACUGUCGAUCGAGUUUUCGCUGCCGCUCAUAGCGUGGUGUCCCUUCUGCUCGCUUUGGAGGCCAAUGCGGACAAGGAUGCCAUCCCUAACUUCCCCCUGGUCAUGUUAUUCUCAUGCUUCACGGCUUGUUCUACCGUGGCUUGGUUUAGUCUGAAGGGAUUGACGCCUGCUGAUGUAAACGAGACGGCUGAGUCUAUUGUCCGCGACGGCAUGCGAUUCCUCCAGGAGGGCGCGAAUAUCUGGAUUCUGGCUGUUCCUUGGUACCGCCAUCUAUCUGUCAUGAAUAAGGUUCUACGGAAUGGCGACAGGACGCUUCAGAGGACGCAGCCCGAGCCCGCCGUGCCGUCGAUUAAAGAGGACACGGCAAGCCAGCCUGACAAUCCCGAUAGUAUGGAUUAUGAACGCCCCCAGUCAGCCAAUGCGCAGGAGCAGGCCGACGGACGAGGCAGUGAGCCGCCACGAAAGUCUGGAUUCACCACUAUCAAUGGAGGAUCGGCUGGAGCGUCAACGCCCGCAACGGCAAGCCCACCUCCGGGGCAGACAAAAGCAGAAUCACCAGCGCCUUCCUCGUCUGGGCAGCCAGCGGAGUCUGCGCCAGCUUCAGGUAACGACAUGACCGCAGCUGAACUAUGCGUGGCCUUUGAGCGCCAGCUACUAGAACUAGAUGACCUCGCUGCCUUCAUGGGCGGUGGUGUGUGAAAUACCGAGCACACAGCCUCGAUACCCCGGAAUGCGUAGUUUCUGCUUAUCUGUCACUCAUGCGCCACUUAUAAGCGUUGGGCGCUUUUUCUACAGGGGCUGUACCUUAAUAAAGGAACCAUGGAUCGGCGUUAGUUGGAGUUCUCGGAUCGCUCUCGGGGGGAGCUUUGUUCUUUCAAGCUGUUCAGGGGGGCUAACGCAACCCGUCAUCAUAUCAUUUUCGCCCAUCGCUAUAACUUGCAGCAGGUGUUGAAACCUGAGUAAAACGAACGAUUCACGACGAUUGAAGCCCUCAAGUUUUACGGUGGUAGCAGGAAGCAAUUGCCAUGAUGCGGCGGAAAUUAUUCGGUGAUUU